UACUUUCAUUUUGACGAGCAGUGACAGUAGAUCUUUGUGAGCCUUCACAGGUGCUGUGGUGAUACAUUUCAAGAUUUGCGUUACUGUCUUUUUUUGACUACUAGUGAGGCAUCUAAAAUUGGACCAACCAGAAAUUAGCCCACCCAUUUUGCAACCUUACUGCACCUCGCUGCCUCUCAAGUGUCUUUUGGUUUCAACAGCCCCUCUGAAACGGCAGCUUUGACCACUAGAGGAUCAAUCCACACUGAAAUGUUUUUCAAUUUUCAAAGGAGCACAGAGGGUAUGGCUCGUGAUAGCAUUCCCUCUGUAUUCGUAGUGGACGCCCAUUCAACACGACCAACUGUGCCCCCUCGACCGAGCAAAAAGAAGGAUAAAAGCGGGGCGGUACAGACUCUGCUGUUCCUCCUGGUUAGCCUGGCAUUGGGUGGCAUGAUCAUCGAAGCUUGCUUCAUCUAUCGUCUUUACCGAUUAGAAUAUAGCCCCUCAGGUUUCUUUUCAAAGCACACCGACGAUAAUUUUAUCUCACCCACUGAGUUCCCCUUUGAUGGGAUUCCUCCAUCCAAACCAGUUGCACAUCUGACAGAUGGCCAAGAUGUACAUCACGACAAACAUAUCAUGUCAUGGAGCGAGAAUGCACAUCCUCUCCUCUAUGGAAUGGAAUACAAAGACAAAAAACUCAUCAUACUGAAAGAGGGAUACUACUACAUCUAUUCAAAGGUUUUCUUCUCAGAAAAUGAUAGUUUUUCUCAUUCUGUACAGAUGCAAACUGAAAAGUAUGCCGGGGGAAGCAUCCCCCUCCUGCAGUCCAGGAAGUAUACUUUAAAGAAAGAAAAUGGACCCAAAAGUUAUUCCAACAGUUACCUUGGUGGAGUGUUUCACCUGUCCAAAAAUGAUGCUAUCUAUGUAAAUAUUAGCAGCACAAAACAGAUUAUCAGACACAAAUCCUAUGAAAAUAUAUUUGGUGCAUAUAUGAUAUAGAAAGUGCAUUGACAGGAGAUUAAAAGACUAAAGAUGCAGAAUAAGAGUUCAUAACUCUUCUCAUGGAUAUUUUGGUGACCUUGAAAAGCCUCUUAUGAAGGCAGAUGUUGACUGUUAUUUGUACUAUUGGAAUUUGCUGGUGGGUUUUGUGAGAGUAUAAAAAGUUUUGGACUUUAAAAAAAAAAUGACUUUCUUUAUCUACAUAAAAUCAUAACUUCAAAUGCUGAUUAUAGAUUUUACUGUUCUGUUGCAAAUUAUUAUUUGCUAAAAAAUAUUAUCAUGCACUUUUUUUUAUUUUUUUGCUUUCACAAAUUCUGAACAUUAUUUAUUUAUUCCUUUCAGAUGUAACUGGGUUGAUAGUGCUCUGUUUAAAUAAACGUAUGGUGUAAAAUAAACAUAAACAUUGAAGAAA